ACCCCCUCUGGUACCCACCAUACUGUUUGUGUCUGCAAAUUUUUGUCAUUAACUUUUAAACCAUCUUAUUUUCUUUCACUUGCAGAAGUUAAAAUAUUUGUGUAAUCAAAUCCACCACUUUUCAAUGGUUUUGUUCCUUUGCUUCUGCAACUUAUUUUGUGUAAUCCUAUUUAAGACUUGUAGUCUGUGUAGGGCAUUAUCGCAUUUAAAAACUUACCUUAAAAAAACUAAGGUACACUCUCCAACCAAUGAAGCAUUAAAAUGGGCCAGGCAAGUGUAAUUUCUGCCUGUUAACGUUCUUACGACUUAGCCUGUUAGAGUAGUUAUUACAGCGUUGUCCUGUUCUUGUGCCAUUUAUACUGAUGUCUUUUGGUUCUCAGAUCAUUCACACAUUCGCAAGGCGGGUCCAGACCAAAAUCAAAGAUCUGCUGCAGCAGAUGGAAGAAGGGCUGAGGACCGCGGACCCACAUGACUGCUCUGCGUAUACGGGCUGGACAGGCAUAGCCCUGCUGUACCUGCAGUUGUACCGGGUGACGUGUGACCAGACGCACCUGCUGCGGUCCCUGGAUUACGUCAAGAGGACCCUUCGGAACCUGAAUGGCCGCAGGGUCACUUUCCUCUGCGGAGACGCUGGGCCGCUGGCCGUGGGCGCGGUGGUGUACCACAAACUCAGAAGUGAUGGCGAGUCCCAGGAGUGCAUCGCGAAACUUUUGCAGCUCCAGAGAUCCAUUGUCUGCCAAGAUUCGGACCUUCCGGACGAGCUGCUCUAUGGCCGGGCUGGGUACCUGUACGCCCUCCUCUACCUGAACACGGAGAUCGGGCCAGGCACCGUGAGUGAGUCGGCCGUUAGAGAGGUCGUCACUGCUAUUAUUGAGUCGGGCAAGGCUCUGUCGAGGGAGGAGAGGAAGGCUGAGCGCUGCCCCCUGCUAUACCAGUGGCACAGGAAGCAGUACGUGGGGGCAGCCCACGGCAUGGCCGGGAUCUACUACAUGCUGAUGCAGCCAGCAGCAAAAGUGGACCAGGAAACCCUGGCUGAGAUGGUGAAGCCCAGCAUCGACUACGUCCGCCACAAGCGCUUCCGCUCCGGGAACUACCCGUCGUCUCUUAGCAACGAAACGGACCGACUGGUCCACUGGUGCCACGGGGCCUCGGGGGUCAUCCACAUGCUGAUGCAGGCGUACAAGGUGUUCAGGGAGGACAAGUACCUGAAGGACGCCAUGGAGUGCAGCGACGUCAUCUGGCAGCGCGGCCUGCUGCGCAAGGGCUACGGGCUCUGCCACGGCACGGCCGGCAAUGGCUACGCCUUCCUGUCCCUGUACCACCUCACCCAGGACAGGAAGUACCUCUACCGCGCUUGCAAGUUUGCAGAGUGGUGUCUGGACUAUGGCGCCCACGGGUGCCGCAUCCCCGACAGGCCCUAUUCACUCUUCGAAGGCAUGGCCGGCGCGAUCCACUUUCUCUCCGACGUCCUGGCUCCUGAGACAUCCCGGUUCCCGGCGUUUGAACUCAGCUCUUCGCAGACGGAUAAAAAGAUGUAAAAAGACUCCUAAGCGCCCCGUUUGGACCAAAAGCCAUGAGACUUCUCGGUGCCUGGUGGGGAACCAGCUGUGAAUCCCGCGGGGAGGCGGAGAGCAGACAGGCAGGGCGCUGUGUGCAGUGACCUGGACCUGGAGCCCCGUGGCUGUUCCCGUCCCGCCUGUCACGCACCCCCGCGGCCACGCCCGCGCUCACCCCGUUCGCAGCGUCUGCAUGUCUCUUGGUGUUUGUUGUGUAGGUACCAGCUGUGCUCAGCAGAAAGCCCCUGUCCCUCGAGCAGAGCUGGCCCACGGGACACGCGGCAGCCCCUUCCCUGUAAAUCACUUCCCAGCGGGAGCCUCAGGCAGAGGCCGGUGACACCAGUGCUCGCACCCGCGCUGCCUCGCUGCCUCACGUGGCAGGUGGGCAGGGCUCCAGGACCUAGAGGCUGAGCAGAUAUGGGCUCGGCCUUCCCACGAGGGUUUUGUGCUCACCUCAGUGUUUUUUGUUAUCGUCGUUUUUUAAUUUUCUUUAAAUCCUCACCUGGGAUAUGUUUUUCUGGUUUUAGAGAGAGAGAGGAGAGGAGAGAGUGCCUCCCACACGUGCCCUGACGAGGACUCGAACCCGCAGCUUUUGGGUGUACAGGGCUGACGCUCCAACCACUGAGCCACCGGCCCGGGCUCGCCCUGGUGGUUUGAGAAGCCGGGCGCCUCGCUCUCCGGGCCGGUCCUCAGCGGAGUGGUUUCAGGAAGGCGGCCGUCCAGGUGAACCUUCCUGUGACCACUGUGCGUCAGGGCCCUGAGUGUUGGCAGUCCUAGGCUCAGAGUGUUACUAAAGCAGACGGCUCCCCUGUCCAUCCGCGUUGUGUGUGUGGCUUGAAGUUCAGUGAAUAAAGUUCCAGAAGGCGACCGGCAGGCAGGUCUCUGUUCCGUGUCCCUGCGAUUAAAUACAUCACACCUG